AUGAAAAAUAAAUUAGAUAAUAAAAAAACUAAAGUUAAUAAAAGUAUAAUACACCAAAAUGUUAAUAUAAAUAAAUAUAAUCUAAAUAUAAACAAUAAUAAUACGAAAAAUCAAAACUUUAAUCUAAACAAUAAUAUUAUCAAUAAUAAUACUAAUGAUAAUAAUUAUAAUAAUAAUAAAAAUAAUAUAAUCAUUAAUAACAAUAAUAGUGGUUUUAGCCAUAAAGAUAUUAUAAUUGAUAAAAACAAUUACAAUAUUAAAAUCAAUGUCAAUAAUAAUAAAAAUAUUGUUAAUAAUAUAACAUCAAAUUAUAAUGCCAUAUUUAUAAACGAAAUAAAAGAAAUCAAUAAUGAAGAUGGAGUUGCAAUUAGAAAAACCAACAUUAUAGACAACAGUGUAGGUUUAAACGGUGCAGAUAAAAAACCAACAAGUACCUCAAUUUUCUCAAAAGAAUUUCUUGAACUUAAAAUCCCAAAAAAGAAAAUUGAUGAAAAUCAAUUAUCUUUAGAUCAAGCUCAAAAAGAAAAACAAAUUGUUGAUGAAGAAUACGAAGAAGGUGAAAUUGUUGAUAGUGAUGAUAAAACUACAAAUGUAAAUAAUAAAAACAACAAUAAUGAAAAUAAUAAUUACAAUACCAAUAUUAAUAACAACAAUUUUUAUAAUUUUUAUAACCCUAAUAAUAACCAAAGUAUUAAAAGCAGUAUAGAAGAAAAUAACAUUCAUUUAGAAAGUGGUUUUUAUAAUGUAAAGAAUCCAAAAUUUAUUAACUAUUUAUUAACAUAUCCCGAAAUAUUAAAUUAUUGUUUUAAACUAAUUCAAACUUUUAACUACCCAAUCGAAUAUAUAUUAAACUCUUUAAAUAUUCAAAAUUAUCAAAGUCUCUUGUUUAUAAUUAAUAAAUUUAGGGAAAUAAACAAUAACAAUAACAAUUCUAAUAUUGAUAAUUCUAGGUUAUUUAUUGACUCUUCAUCAUCGUCUUCUUUUUCCAUUAGAAAAAAUAAAAAGAUAUCUUCAAGUGUUUUAUCAAGUUUGUCCCCAUCAAACAAUGUGGCUCUCUGUAAAAUACAAAAUGGUCAUUUUAAUAAGUAA